UACGCUAUCAUCCUCAUGGCGCUCUUGUGGUGCACAGAGACCCUGCCACUGGCAGUCACUGCCUUUUUGCCCCUCAUUUUCUUCCCCAUGAUGGCCAUCAUGGAUGCAACAGAGGUUUGCCUUGAGUACAUGAAAGACAGCAACAUCCUCUUCAUUGGGGGCCUCCUGGUGGCCAUAGCUGUUGAACACUGGAACCUGCAUAAACGCAUCGCUCUCCGGGUCCUCCUCCUCAUUGGUGUGAGGCCAACACUCUUGAUCCUAGGCUUCAUGAUCGUCACAGCAUUCCUCUCCAUGUGGAUCAGCAACACCGCCACCACAGCCAUGAUGGUGCCCAUUGCCCAUGCCGUCCUGGAGGAGCUGCACAAAACCCCAGAGCAGAAGGACGUGGAGGCAGGCAACGUCAACAUCUCCUUUGAGAUCCAAGAGCCUAAUUACCCUAUGACUGAGAAAGAACCACCAAAGCUGGGUGAGAAAAAUAGCAGCUCUGUCUUACCGCCAGUGCCACUGGAUUGCCAUCAGAAGGACAGGGAGCACCAUAAACUCUCCCAGGGCCUGAGCCUUUCUGUAUGCUAUGCUGCCAGCAUUGGGGGCAUAGCCACACUGACAGGCACCACUCCCAACCUCAUAUUACAGGGACAGAUCAACUCGAUCUUCCCAGAGAACCCCAGAGUGGUAAACUUUGCUUCCUGGUUCAGUUUUGGCUUCCCCACCAUGAUCCUCCUACUGCUGCUGUCCUGGUUGUGGCUCCAGAUCCUGUUCUUGGGAUUUAACUUCUGGAAGAACUUCAGCUGUGGAAGGCAGGUUCACGAACAAGAACGAGCAGCCUACCACGUCAUCCAGACUGAACAGAAGAAGCUGGGCCCCAUGAGCUUUGCUGAGAAAGCCGUCACCUUCCUGUUCAUCCUCCUAGUAGUGCUGUGGUUCACCCGAGAGCCCGGCUUCUUCCGUGGUUGGGGAAACCUGUUGUUUCCUAACCAUGAAGGGGAAAGUAUGGUCUCAGAUGGCACUGUGGCCUUCUUCAUCGGCAUCAUCCUGUUUUUCAUACCCUCAGAGCUCACUGGCUACUCCCAGCGGCAGGGCACCCAGGGAAAGUUCAAGGCCCCAGCCGCCCUCCUCGACUGGGAUACUGUGAAUAAGAAAAUGCCCUGGAAUAUUGUCUUCCUGCUGGGUGGAGGCUUCGCCCUGGCCAAGGGCAGUGAGGAAUCAGGCCUGUCCCAGUGGCUGGGAAACAAGCUGACACCGCUGCAAAGCAUCCCUUCUCCGGCCAUCGCCUUCAUUCUUUCUCUGCUUGUGGCUAUCUUCACCGAAUGCACCAGCAAUGUGGCCACCACCACCCUAUUUCUGCCCAUCCUUGCUUCCAUGGCCCAGGCCAUCUGCCUCAACCCCCUCUAUAUUAUGAUCCCCUGCACCCUGGCAUCCUCUCUAGCCUUCAUGCUUCCUGUGGCCACCCCACCUAAUGCCAUUGUCUUCUCCUUUGGGCAGCUCAAAGUGUGUGACAUGGCCAGAGCAGGAUUCAUACUCAAUAUCUUCGGAGUACUGGUCAUCUCACUGGCCAUCAACACAUGGGCCUACCCCAUCUUUGGACUAUACCAAUUCCCCAAAUGGGCCCAGUCCAACAUUACUUCUUGCAGAGUCAACGGCCAGUUCAACACAAGUUUGGUCUUCCCUUAA